UCCUGUUAACAGCCUGCCACUCCGCAGACACGCGGGCCCCACUGCAUCGGCCGCCCGAUCGCUCCCCGCCCGCCGCUGCAUGCGGCGGCCUAUGUAAACGCGCCCCGGCGCCAGCCCGCACGCACCGAGCAUCAUUCUACCCGCGCCACCUCCCUCUCCCUCCUUCAAGUCUCUCCCCCAGCCCCAAAUCCGCGUCUCAAAGCGAGCGCGCACUCCGGCAGUGGAGGCGAAUUAAGAGAGACAAGUUGUCUGCGGAGCGGAGAGGGACAGGGAGCAGCACGCCAUGGAAGCUCUCCUCCCCCUUGCCCAGCCCAGCGGCCUGUACGCGGCGUUUGGGCCCAAGCAGUUCGGCUUCGGAGAUCCACGGUUCGCUUCCAGCCUCUCCUCACCCAACCUGCUUACCAACGGCGACGAUCUCUUCUACGGAUACUCCACCUCCUCCCCUUUCGUUUCCGGCUACGGCCGCGGGCUUUCCACGCCGUCGCCGCGCGCCGCCUCGCUCUCCCGCGGCUCCUCCGACUCCGACUCUGUCAUCGACGACGGGGACGACGCGGCCGCCGCCGCGGAGCACCGCCUCCGCCUCGCCCGCCUCGCGCUCCAGUACCAGGAGGUGGCCAGCCGCUACGAGCUCUGCCUCACGCACCUCGCCGACGCCAGCGACGAGGCGGCAGCGCUCCGCCGGGAGAAUGAGGAGCUCCGCGUCGCCAACGGCGACCUUGCGCGCUGCAUCGCCAUGGUUGGCGGCAAGCAGAGCUCCGCCCUCGCCCUCGCCGACGAGCUCCGCGGUCUCCACCUCGCCGACGAGCAGGCCAAGGCCAUGCCACCACCACUUCCGCCGCCGCCGCCAGCCGCACAGAUGCUACCCCUCCCCCCGGGAGAGAAGCACGCGAUGCUGCCGAAGAGCAUUUCCGUCCGUUCGACCGGCUACCUCAAGAUGAACCAGAACGGCAAGCAUCGCGUGUCCAAGCCGACGAACGUGGGCUCGCAGCGCGUGUUCGUGGGCAUGGACGGCGCCGCGAAGGGGGAAGAGCACAAGGGUGGGAAGGAGAAGAAGCUUAAUGGCGGGCUGGAGUUCGAGGUGUACAACCAGGGCAUGCUCAAGACGGAGCUGUGCAACAAGUGGGAGGAGACCAGCGCGUGCCCGUACGGCGACCAGUGCCAGUUCGCGCACGGCAUCGCCGAGCUCCGCCCCGUCAUCCGCCACCCGCGCUACAAGACCGAGGUCUGCCGAAUGGUGCUCGCCGGCGACGUCUGCCCCUACGGCCACCGCUGCCACUUUCGCCACUCCAUCACCCCCGCCGACCGCCGCGUCCUGCGCCCCUGAUUAUGUCAGUCCAUCACCAACCGCCACUCUCUCACUAUGUCAUUGUCACAGUCGUAAAAAAACUAUGUCAUUAUCAAAGACGAGGCAGAAAAUUAGAGCCGUAAAUAAGGUGUAGUUAGAUACGCGACAUAGAAAACGAUAUUGAGUUACACACAGGCAAGAUGUGAAUAUAGAGAUCUAGACACCGAGCUGUUCAUACGGGGCUGAUCCGGUCAUCAAAUAUGUGAAUUAUGUUGGGGUUAAUUGUAUUUGGAAUAUGGUUUACUAUUCCGGUAUAUGUUAAUGCCAUUAUCCUAGUUGCGUUUUUUGGGCGAAUCGGGCGAUAAAUUGCUCAACUCCUGUAAGUAAACUAAGUAAGGCUGUUAUCUGAAUAUUUCAUUGAUGUGUUGAACACUUGCACACUUGGCAAAUGCGAGCGUCUUCAGUUGUAUUGUU